CUUCCUUCGUCGUCGCGAACGGGAGGCAACCGAAGCGGCAGAUAUCGAGGGAGUGUUGUUUAUCCUUUUCGCGUUUGAUCCUGAAGGAACGCCACCGAGGAAGAGAUCUCCAUGUACAUGGGUGAUAGUCGUUCGAACCGGUUGAGCGCGGUUGAGGAGAUGUCGACGAUCGAGGGCCCGAGCACGGACUCUCGGCUGGUGGAUUCUCUAUCAAAUGGAUGGACAGAUGAGAAACACACACUGUUUCUUAACUCCAUUGAAGCAUCUUUUGUUAAUGACUUAUACAAUGGGGAAUACCAUUCAAAGGCAUUUCUUGGUCAGUUAUCAAGGAUAAAAACCCACAAGGGAUCCUGUGGACCAUACGAAAAUGAUCUGAAAUCUGGUCAGUUUAAGGUAUUGCAAACGGGUUGUUGGGCGAGUCUUGGAUUUGAUGGUGAUAAUAACCAUGCAAGCAUGGAGAAUGGUUCUCUACCUUUAUCUGCAAAUCCUUGGAUUCAACAUUUUCGAUCUCCUCCCUUUAUGAAGGAGUGGCAGUUUAAGUCUUCUGACAGGGUUGAUGAUGUUGAGUUCAUUAAAUCAUCAUUCCAGCUAGCAAAUGAGAGGUGUGAUGGUGAAGCAACAAGUUCAAAGCACAUUUGUCAUCAAGAUUGGGUUGGAAGCAGCAUAGAAGUAUCGGAUCAAAACUUUAUUGCUGAUGAGCGUGUAGCUGGGAAAAAGUCAAGUCGAGUAUGGAGGAAAAGGAGACGGGGGAAUGCAGUGGUUCAUGAACCAAUCAAUGAUCAAGUUGUUCCAUCUAGAAAAUCACUUCUACCACCAACUUCCGAUGAAGAUCACACUACUGCAGAAUCUAUUGGCAGAACAUCAGAAAUAAGUGCAGGUGUUUUGCUUGCUGAGACUCAGGCAUCAGUGUGUGGAAAUCAGGAGGUGAACAGUUGAAUUAUGGGAAUGUCGAGCGAAGCUUGUGAUGCAUGGUAGCAGACAUAAUAUGUCAGACUAUGUUUGCUGGCUCUAAUAUCAUUUUUUACACACAAAGAAGAUGCAGAGUUGAACUGAUACCUACGAGUUUCAAGAAUAUCAUGUUGGUUCCAAAUUGGAUGCUUCUGUGUUAGCACAGACUAACAUGUACAUAGGAGUGUGAGAGGAGUGGCAGCUGAAGCUUGUGUAUGAACCAACUUCUCUGUUUCUAAUCUCAUAUGUUGAUUUACCUAUCGUUAGCAGUCCUUGGUUAUUAUGUA